AUGUCUUCGCAACCGGCAACACUCCAAAGGGCAACACGGCCAAACUCUCGGUCUCCUGCCGAUGGUGUUGAGGUCGACGUCACCGAGGAGCGCCUGAUCAAUCUUGGCUCAACCAAGCCCACCGGCGAGGUGGUUCCCGCAACGACUCUAGGCCUUACCGUGAGCAACGACGCGCCAUGGUUCCAGGACGGCACAUUUCCAGAUGGCGCAUACGUGAAGUCGUUCGAGAUCAAGACCAAGAAUGACUUCACCAUCGCCGAGGCGAAGAAGCAGAAAUACGUGAUCGGUCUCGGUGGCGCCAAAGCUGGGUCCGGAAGCGUCGGGCCAGCUGCCACGUUCAUGCCGGAGCCCAAUAUGGACUACCAGAUCGAGCCGACCAACGUCUACUACCUGACCUUUGGCAGUUUCACUCCAGGUUCCCUCAUCGAUGUGGACAAGAUCGGGUCGUUGUGCACCAUCGACUACGGUGUUCUCAAUGACGAUGUCGUCGUCAUCCACGACGGCCAUGGCAACCUUGUCGUCCAGAACCAGUGA